AUGUUCUCCUGCUCACUCACUCUGCGUGCUGACAUUAUGCUCAGGGUUGUUCGUCAACGGCUGGUAGUGCCGGCUACUGCGGCUUUGCGGCCCGCGGGUCUGAACGUGCCUGCUCGCUUCUACAGCGAUGUGUUUGAUAGAUACAAAGACAAGCUUAGAGCCAAGGCCGAAAAGGAGGGCGUUUCCGUGGACGAGCUUCUGCAGAAAUCUGCUUCGAAAACCAAGGCCGAUGAGGUGUAUGAUCCCUUUGAUUUGGUCACAAAGGCAAAUGCCAAGCAAGAAAAGCCGCCCGCUGAGAACGCUGAGAAGGCUCAGUCGCCGCUUGAAGCGGUUGCCAGAGCCGCGUCUAUGUCCUCGACAUCGGCCAAGACCAAGGACCUGUCGACGUUUGUAGACGUCGAGGCCCUGGCCAAGCACGAUACCAAAGAAAUAGAGAUGAUCUGGAAGGCCCGCUUCGUUAACAAGCAAAUCGAGUUUUGCGGUGCUUUGAACAGUGAUGCCUACGCCCGUCUCUAUGUGAAUGCUCGCAAAUACCCUACGUUUGUCCUCCCGCUUCCUCAGGGCGAAGGUGUCGAGCUAUACUACUCUCAGUGGUCGUUUGUUGGCAACUACACCAUCCACUGUCUCAUUACUCCUCUUGCAGAGUACAAGCUUCACCAAGAGUAUGCUCAUCCUCGCGUGUCAGUGAUGAUGCACAGCGACUUUUUAACUGACAAGGGCAUCGCAUUGCACAACGCUACUCUACAGGACAACGAGAUCUCAAUGGACAACGCAGUUCUGUUGACGCUCAACCUGCUCCGCUUCUACACCGCCGACCCUGCAGCCAGCGAGCACAGUCGGGCCAAAAUCGACCUCUUACGCCAGUUCAACACGGGCGACACGUCGUUUUCCACCGACAAACUGAUCGAGGCUACUGAAACCCUGGAUUGA